AUGUCAGCAGCAGCAGCAACAGCAAUCGCGCAACCGCCAGCGGCGACAGUAACGCCUAAUGUCAGCCACAACAGCCCGCGAAUUAGCGAGACUUCAGAUGAUGUCUCUGCUUUGAAGCCCGCCGCACAGGCAUCGUGGAAGAAAAAACAUGGACUGCGUCUACGCAAGAGCAACAGCGACGCCAACAACAAGCCCGAGUUCAACCGUACUGUAAUGCCCAAGCGCUCGACGACAUUCUGGAAAUCAUUCAAGUACCUCCUGGACCUGACGCCGAAAGAAGUCGACGACUUCAUGGCGUCGUACGUUAUCUACAACCUCGACUGGGCAGACGAGGAGAAGAUGAUCAAGACCCUUGGGCCGGACUACAGGACCAAGGUCGGUGACUGUCUGCAGUCGUAUUAUGGUGUACUGAACCAUCUCUGCGCGCUAGGCGACGUGGAGAAGAUGUACAUCCCACCCCUAAUGGACAAGAAGGCCUCCGUCCUCGACAACCAGAUGCUGUACGAGGAAUCUAUUGCACGCGACAUUGGCUUGAAGAAAGGCGACAAAGUGCUGGAUUUGGGAUGCGGGCGCGGGCGUGUUGCAGCGCAUAUGGCCGCCAUCAGCGGCGCAUUGGUCACCGGCCUGAAUAUCGACCCGAACCAGGUCGCACAGGCCCAGGAGUUCAACGAGCAGAUGGGUUUGCAAAACAGCUUCACAAUCCAGGACAUGAAUGAGCUACCGCUGCCAUUCGAAGACAACUCGUUUGACGCAUUCUACCAGAUCCAGGCACUCAGCCUAUGCAAAGACCUCCCGAAGCUGUUCAGCGAGCUCCGAAGGGUGCUCAAACCUGGCGCCAAGAUUUCCCUGCUGGAUUGGGUUAGCUUACCAGCAUACGAUGCCACCAACCCGGAGCAUGCGGAGUUGAUGCGGAGGACGAAGCCGUUGAUCGGAGCCGUGGGAACGCCGACGCCCGCAACGUUUGAGAAGGCGUUGACCGAGGCCGGAUUCAAUGUUUUAAUCUCGGACAACGCGAGCAUCGGCGGACUGCAGGCGCCGUUGAUCGACAAGGCCGACGUCUACUUCCGCAGUUUGCGGCAGGUCAUUCUGGGACUGGUCAAGGUUCGAUUGCUCCCGCCCCAUUUCAAAACCCUCAUCAACCGUCUUUGCUUGGACGGACAGGCGUUUGUCAAGAUGGACACAAUGAAGCUGGUGACGACCAGUUAUCGGAUUGUUGCGCAGAAGGUUUAG